AACUUAAUGUCGCUCCGUCAGUUGCGACUGGCGACUGCUCUGUCUGAUGAAAUAUCACUAGUAUUUUUUGCAAUUUCUGUUUUACUUUGAACAGAAAUAAAUAAAGCUGACAGCUAGGGGAUGUUCAUUGUGCAAUGCAAUUUGCCUGCUCGUAUCAUUGAGUGGAAGAAACGCUCCAAAUGGCGUAUUUUUUAGACACUUCGGGUAGUGGCAAUUUUGGUUUUCCCCCCGAGUCGGAUGUAAACAAUAGCCGAUGCAGCUUGCCGCCAGAGGUGAAAUUUGCUUUUUAUCUCGAUUUAUGAUGAGGAAUACACGUUUAUCAUUUUUAAUUCUGUUUUUGUAUACUCCUGUCACAGGUUGAAGAAGGCAACGUCGAAUACAAAGUGAGUUUUUUCGAUAUUUAUUUUUUAUAUCAUUAAAUGUAGAUUUUUUCAUCUUGAAAAUAUUGUAGAAUAUUGACUAAGUGGCUGCUUACAUUGAAGCUGGGCUGUCCCAGUUGCCAAGGACAGCCGGGUAAGCGAGAUCUUGCUAUGUAGUUAUAUUUUAGGAAAAAUUGAGUACUUUGUAUUUACAUGCACAACAAGGCCGGCCCAGUUUCAGAGACAUCCCAUAAGAAUUUCCCCAUUAUCUGAUAACCAAGUCACAGAAUAAGAAGGUACAGCAGAAGCGUCACUCAAGCAAGUAUUUGUCCUCGUUUUUACAAGCAAUUCGUCAUCAAUCACGCCAUCCUGGCUAGUACAACCGGCACUUUGUACCUACCAAAACCUGAUAAAAACUUCCGGUUGUACUAGCCCAAGAUGGCGUGAGCGAGUUAAUUUAAAAUUUUCGUGGACGUAAAACAAUAAGUGAACCGACUCGAGUGACGCUUCUGCUGUACCUUCUUAUUAUGUGACCAAGUCUGUGAUGUGGUGGCUGGGUGAUACUCUAGGCCAACAUCUUGCUAGCCUGUGUGUCAAGCUCUACGCUUGAGAUAGAGCCUGCUACUGAUGUUAAUAAAAAGUGGAAUUAUGCGUACAAAUCGUACACAAAAUUCCCAUUGGUCAGAAAUAAAUAGCCUUGCUUUAUAAGGUAAUAUCAAGUUGUUUACAUAAUAUGAUAUUCUGUACUGGUAAUUGUACUUUUGACUGCAUUAAAUGCUGCCUUUGCUGCAUAUAAACACGGCCAAUAACCGUUAUUAUUGUUUAGUUUGUAAUUCCUGGCUGUUUAUUAAUGAACCUUGGUAUAUUUAUUUUCGAGAUAUUGGUGGAAAAAUUGACCGUUAUUGUCAUAUCUUAAAUUAGCUUUGAUAAUUAUCUAAUUAACAAUCGCCGUUUUGAUUGGUUGUUAUUUUUGUGCAUCCAAAUGAGUGUUACCCUGGUUCCAGAGGUUUAAAAUAAACCUCUGGUUGAAAGCGGCAAUUGACUCAUCAAGCCGCACCAAUCAGUUUGAAUUAGGGUCGGAUCUUGACUUUGUCUCCUGAUUGGAUGAUUGUAUUAAAGCUCUCUGAUUGGUUAUAGAUGUUUUAUUUGAAUCAAUCAGAGAGCUUUAAUACAAUCAUCCAAUCUGGAGACAGAGUCAGGAUCUGACCCUAAUUCAAACUGAUUGGCGCGGCUCGAUGAAUCAGUUGCCGCUUUCAACCAGAGGUUUAUUUUCCCUCUCCCCUUCGCAAUGAAAAUAAUAAAAAUAAACCUCUGGAACCAGGGUAAAUGACUGUCCACUUUUCAUCGACUUCAGUGGCAGGCUUCAUUUCAAGCAUAGAGUAGGGUUGCACCGGAAUCAAUUUUUAAGUUCCGGCUGGAACCGGAUCCGACUUGAACUGGAAAAAAGUUCUGGCCGGAACCCAUUUAUUAAGCCAUAUAUGGUCAUAUGUUACUUUGUCUGCUGACAGACAGACAGACAGACACUUCAAGUCAUCAAGGAGAGAGUUCGCAAAUGUUAGAAUGAAGAGAUUGACAAAUGUUAAAUGUCAUAAGAAAGUGUUAAUAGUGUACAUUUCCCUUGCGUAGUCCAGAUUUCUUCCUACUGUGAACUUUUGUUAGAUACAAAAACUAUUGAUAUUCUAUCUCUCUCAAAAUGACAGGGUUCCGGCCAUGCUUUUUUUAUUAGUUCCGGCUGGAACCGGAACUCUGAAAAAUCGGGGUUCCAGCCGGAACUAACCGGCCAGAACCGAGUUCUGGUGCACGUACCCCUAGCAUAGAGCCUGACACACAGGCUAACGUCUUGCCAAACAGAUCGCAACUAGAAUUUAUAAAGCAGUGAAUAACUUAAUAUACCCCAGCAAGCUUAAUAUUAUUUUUCAACCUACCUCGCAAGUCCACUCUCAUAAUCUUUAGGUAUUCACACAAUAUAUUCACCCCACCAUGGGGCUGUCUUAUGGAACAAUAUUCCAGAUGGAAUAAAAAGUCAGGCUUCAAUAAUUUAAUAUUAGGAUUGGAGUAGUUAUAAAUCGUAUAUAUAUGUUAAGCUGGGUUUUUUGUUUAAAAGGUGAGGGCCGAUUCAAAGGUUGCCUUGCAUUCUGUAAGAAUUAUUAUUUGCUUGGGUCAACACCUUGUCAAACCGCAUUUUAUUUCCAUGGUCUGUUUUACGUAUCUAUAAUUACUUGUGAGGUACUUUGUCAAGAAAAGCUUUAAGGUAAUUAAAAAACAGUAACGAUUUGUCAGACACAAAUCAAAACAGGAACCAAAGACUUGGUUCACACAUUAGUCAAUCAAAAACAAAUACAAAUAUAAAAAAUCAAGAAUAUAAAAACUAUAGUUUUAUAAAACAAGACACACAAUGGUCGCAUUAUAAAAUGUUUGUAACAGGGACUCAUAGUCGCUGUUCCAUUAUAUUGAAAAGCGCCAUUCCUUCAGCCAUCUCAUCCAAUUUUAUCAACCUUCUAAGCGUUUUAAAAGAAAGGAGUCAUAACAUUAACAUUUUCAGAGGCGCCGGAAUAUCGAUAAUUGCGGGGGCAGAUAUUCAUAUAUUCGUGUUCACAGACGGUGAUUGCUAGAUAGUAUACUUCAAAAUAAGGUUUCCGUUUUUAUAACGUAGAAAAAACCAUCCUAACGCAAAACUAAACCCUAAUACUAAACUUAACCCUAACCUUAACCUAACCCUAAUAUAACCCUAACUUAUUUAAAAAAUUGAUAUAAAAACGGAAACCUUAUUUUGAAGUAUACUAUCUAGCAAUUUCCGUUCACAGACUGUAAAAACAAUCGAUUUCAAAAGAAAUUAAUUGAGCAGAACACGAAUAUAUGAAUAUCUCCCCCCCCCCCCCAAAUUAUCGAUAUUCCGGCGCCUCUGAACAUUUUGCCAUACUAAUAUAUGUAAACCAUAAGGCAUGAUCAUUUUCAAGAAAAAAGUAUACCAUAAUCAGCCGGGGGCAGUUUUGAUGCUCUUUGAAAAACUUGCUUGUGCAUGUUUUGUCCAAAUUGCAACUGUGAUUCAAUUAUUGUGCAUAUUGCAGUAGGCUGAUGCAAUAUAUCAAUAUUUUUGAUAAAUAUCGAUAUUUCAAAAAUUUCUAUAUUGGAUGUACUGUAAUAAUAAUUUAGACAUUAAUACAAUAAAACAACCUGAUUUAUUAUUUUAUGUAAUGUUUUGGUUUUAAAUGCCCAUAUUAAUAAUAUUGAAGCAAAGCAAAUUUUUUUCUAACGACAUUUACAUCUAACACUUUUUCUGAACGUUUGAAAACUACAUAAAUAUACGAAAAGGAAAAGUACGAUUUUUUACCAACUAUCAUAAUAAACAGCGCUUUAAUUAAACACUACAGCAAUGAUACAACAACUGUGUAAUUUACAUCACGUGUAUCGUGUAUCAUGUUUUAAAUAGUACAUAUCGUGGGCUUUGAUACUUUGGUGUGUGUGACAGAACAUUGUGUGUCGUAUAAAGCAGCUUGCUGCAUGUCAGCGCAUUUGACACAACACAUAAAAAAAUCAAAUUUCAAUGGAUGUAAACGGUUGCAUGGAGUUGUUUCAUAUACGACGACUGGUAAACGUCCCCCUUAGAUACGCGUAUAUCCGUUUUAAUUCUAUGUAAUUAUAAUUAUUAGCUAAAGCUUGUGAAUCCCAGCCCGGCAAGGCUCAUACAGCUCGUGACACAGUUAAAAUGGCGACUACAGGAAGGCCAAGGUGAAGCUAUAUAUGAGAUAGGAGUGGAAGACAACGGCAUGCUAGCUGGUCUUACGCGAGAAGAAUUGAACAUGUCACUGAAUACACUGAAAAGAAUGGCUGCUAAACUUGGAUCAGAGACUACAGUUUUACGAGAGCAAGUGGUUGAUGGAUUUGUGGGUGAGGAUAACGAAAGAGUUGUGGCUGAAGUUCUUGUUCGAAAAGUUGCUGAUGAUCAGCAGGUAUCAAAGCUUUCAUCUAUUACGUACCGUAACGUACCGGUGAGCAUGCGCAUCUUGAAGAUUACGAACGUCCGGUUGAUUCGCGUAUCAAAAUAAAAAGUUCGUCGCAGGUCAACUUUUGAGCGUACUACGGAAGUAUUAACCAAUCAACAUUCACUAAAUUUUGAAAUUUACGCUUGGAGUUACGCUUGGAGUGGAAAACGAUUUUUCUAGUCUGAACGCACGAACCGAAACGUGUUUAUUAAAAGGCAAAAUUAAGAUGGGUUGAAAGCAAUUGGAAAGAGGAGGCAGUAUAAGUUGAAGCACCUUUGUAUUGAAAACAGCACACUUUGGUUUACUUUAUACUUGAAAAGGAGUAUGUUUGUAAUAAAAACGCCAUUAAAACGUCUGGAGCAUAUCAUGGGCUAUAAAAAUGUUUUUCGUGUAUGUAUAGUCCGUCGAUCUGUGAAAACUGAAAACUUGCGCAUGUACAAACGCGCAUGUACUGUCAGUAUGUAGUGCCUUCAACCCUCUACAAAGCGCAUGGUUUUUUGGGCAUGCAGGAAAGCUAUUUUAAGUUUUUAGUAACAAUCUGGUAUUAACAAUCGGAGUCGGCCUAGUAGUAACUUGAAACGAUCGUUAAUCGAUAGUUUCCGUGUGUGGCAUGAUCGAUCAAUAGUUUACGUGUCUUGAUGUUUUAUUGAAAUGUUUUCUGCAGUAUGUUUAUAUUAUUUUAGUUUAUUGACAUUCGUUUGGCAGUUCUUGGCAAUGUUGAUGUCGGCAAGAGCACGCUAGUCGGUGUGUUAACGCAAGGAGAGUUGGAUAAUGGUCGAGGACGAGCAAGACUCAAUCUUUUCAGACAUCUUCAUGAAAUUGAAUCUGGUCGUACAUCAAGUAUCAGUCACGAAAUUCUUGGAUUUAACAGCAAAGGACAGGUAAACUUCAGUGACAUAAAUUAGAUUCAUAUAGCUAGCGUCUUUUUUUGCUGCACUUAUAGGCAUAAAUCGAUUGAUUCAUACGAAAACCCAGAUCCUUACCCCACCCAACCCCUUCUCUUCGUAGACCACCUGUUCGUAGGCCACUAUCAUGGAAUUCCCUCAAUGCCAAACCUAGAAUCUCGACAGCAAGUUUUUGUGUACUAACUACUAAAUAGUUGCGUAUAUCAUGCUGCAGUAUUGAUACAAAGUUUAUAUUAUAUAAACCUGCAGGUUGUCAACUACAGUGAUUCUGGAAGUGCAGAGGAAAUAUGCGAAAUGUCAUCAAAAAUCGUUACAUUUCUUGACUUGGCUGGACAUCAGAAAUAUCUAAAGACUACAAUAUUUGGACUCACUGGUCAUAUCCCUGAUUUUGCAAUGCUGGUCAUUGCUGCAAAUGCUGGAGUAGGUAUGUGGGAAUGUUUGUAACUUUGUACCUGCAUAUGCACAAAUGUUUCAUAGUAACAAGAGCUAGCAAGCAUGCACUAGUAAAAUUAAAUACAAUCUACUGUAAACUGCAGUUAAAUGGACUAAAAUAGUUUUAUAGACUAUUUUAAGUAAAAAUGGCCAAAAAUAUGGGGUUAUUUCAUGUUAUAAAAACUUAGGUACAGUCUGGUUCCGUGGCGAAGCUAGUGGUCAUGGUGGGCGUGACCAAGAAUUGUCCCCAAAAUAUGAAUAUACAAUUACUUUAUGGUUUCUGUGUUUGGAUGGCCUGAUCCAAACACGGGUUUCGACCAAUCACAGCACGCGUUAUAUACAUGUUAUUUUAUAAUGAUACUUCUUGUAUUCUUGCACAACACAUUCCUUCCAUUUGGUUAAAUUUUUUAAAUAGUCCAAAAUCUCCGAUAUCUUUCUAAUGACUUAAAAUAAUACCUUUUGUGUGUGUUGGUGUUAUGAUGUUUGUGAUGUUAUUCUGAGUCUGCAUCCAGACCGAGCAAGCUGAAAAGUUUGUUUAUUCUACAUUAUAGGUACCCAAACAAUCUAUAUUUUUCAUUGAAACAUUUCAUGAAAUAAACGGAUUUGUGAAAUUGAGAGCCGUUUCAAAAUUGUCUAGUUUUUUAUACACCCUGUAUGUAUUAUUAACUUAAAUAGAAUACAGAUUAGUGUUUGAACGUGUGACUGGGAAGUUGGGAACUCUCGGGCACACUCAUCCUCGUUUGAUCGGGGCGUAAGGCUCUACAAUGAGGAAUGAAGGUAAUUUUUUUAUUUGUGUGUUGCAGUUGGUACGUCACGUGAACAUCUGGGUCUUUGCAUUGCUCUGGAUGUUCCAAUGUUUAUUGUUGUCAAUAAAACUGACGCAUGUACAGCCGCUAUUACCGAGCAAACUAUCAAGGGCCUGGAGAGAGUUCUCAAAUCACCUGGUUGCAAAAAGAUCCCAGUACGUGUUUCAAAUUCUGAUGAUGCUGUUGUUGCUGCCACAUACUUGGUUUCAAAUAAGUAUGAAAUUAAUUUUAUUUACAUUUAAAUAAAAUACAAUGGAACCAGACCUAGACAUACGGCCUUCGGAAUUCCUUCACUAAAAUUGAGCAAAAAAUGGAUAUGAGAGGGAGAGGGACGAUAAAUACAAAAAAAAUGCCCAUUUCGAUGUGGUCAGCUCUUCGUACCCUCUUCGGACUUUUUGGCAAGUUAUAUAACAACGAUUUUAAACAGGGCCAUACACAGCAGUGUGAGGGGGGGGGGGGGCGGCAACUGCCCCCUAGAAAAACUAUAUUUACGAUUUUUGGAAUGACAUUUAUUAAUUAUUCUUUGGGUAUUUGUGACUUUUUUUGGCAUAUAGGCCUUACUGCCGCCUGGUGAAAAAAUCCUGCGAACGGCCCUCAUUUUAAAGAUGAACUUUGUCGGUUGUAUUAUAUGAGGAUAAAUUUCGAAACAGUAUUAAUUUAAUGUCGUCUGUUUGUAUUUAUAACCUGAAACGACUGGGCAUAAUGCUGAAAUAUAUAUAUAACAUAAGUAGAAUCGUUUAUGAAUUUUUUCAUAAACUACAUUUAUUAUAUUCCUUUCAAUUUUAUAACACAAGAGGAAAUAUUUUUUAUACCGACAUUAUACAUCCGUAUACCCCGUAGUCAGUCCGGUGUUGGCUUUCACAAUAAUUUCCCACAUUGUAAGAUAAAACUCUACAACGCUAUCAAAACUACACAACCUCACUUUCUGAAAUUUAAGGCAGCCUAGAAUUGUCGUUCAAGACAAAGCAGCUAGUGCGUUCAUUUGCGAAGUAGUUCGUGUAAUAUUUCGAGUUAAUCGGAGGAGUAUAUGCGAAUCUAAAAUGGCUAGGCCUUUACACAACAUCCGCCUCAUAAAGUCGAUCAACCUGUAAACCAAGUGCCACGUGCCCAGUAAAGGCCCUAGAUCUAGGCUGCAGUCAAACCCGUUAAAUACGAACUCCAAAGGAACAUGUAUUAAAUAGGCGUCACCACAAUUAUAGGCAUGUGCCGGAUCCGCAUACCGGUAUACGAUACAUGGAUUACACGCCUACGUAAUGGCAUAAAGCUCAACAUUCCAUUGCAGCUUCAGUUCGUUAAAAAUGGGACUGUGUAUUAGCAUUGCUAUAUAUAUUGAGGUCUAAGUUUUAAAGAGAUAUCCGUAUUAGAGAGGAUGCCUAUUUAACUCUAUCAUAUUCGUUAGCCAGAAAACGUAUAAGUCGCCGUUAAGUAACGGAUAUCAACUAGAACGUGUUGGAAUGUUCUAUCCUCACAAAAGAGCUCAACCAUAUAUAUUCUCAAUCUCAUUGCAGGACGACUCCAAUCUUUACAGUUUCCAGUGUGACAGGACGGGAUUUGGAUUUGUUGAAACAAUUCCUAAAUGUGAUUCCACCUCGUCAGAGUCAAGAAGAACAAGAGAAACUAAUGCAGGAAGAACCCGAAUAUUUGGUAGGCUAGAUCUGGCGAUUUCAUGUAUGUAGGCCUCUUGCCAGUAAUGGAUUUCCUGGAGGCACGGGGGGUUUCUAUAUCAAAUCUAUUUUUCGGAUUUGGAAAUGUAAUUAUAAAAACAAAAAUGAAAAUAGAGACAAACUGACAAAGUGUAGGAAUGUGCGGUAUGAGAAUAUUCCGGAAUCGGUAUACCAGAAAAAUCAUACAUAUUAUCCAUAUGCCGGUAUUUCGGCUUUUAAAUUAGAUAUGAGAAUUCCUUAGUCGAGAGUUUAAGGAAAUUUUCAUUUUGAAUAAUUUGAAAAGUGGAAGCACGGUUUAUGAUCAUUUCGAAGGAAUUUCAGGCAGACAGACAUUGUUUUUAACACGAAAUGUCUACUUCUUUUACUUUGCAUUUGAGUAAAACAAAAAUUGAUAAUUUCGCCAUAUGCAUGGUGUGUAAAUUUGAUAUGGUAUACCAAAAAAUUUCAAUGUAUCGGAAAUUUCAGUAUAUCGGUAUGACUGAAAAACUCAUACCUAUAUUGGUUUCAAUACCGAUAUUUUCGGUAUGCCGAACAUUUCUAACAAAAUGAGGUAGUAACAUAAUUGUGAAAUUGUCUAGCAAAACAAUGAAUCUACAGUAUAUAUGGAACUAGUGCUUCGCUGCCGUAGUCUUUUGUUUCGAAAUCAUUAUGGUCACUAGAAGUGCUCAGGAAACAAAGAAAUAGCUACAUUUUGUUGCGAAACGGUUGAAGUGAAACCAGCUUCAAAGCCUGGUUUACACUGGCAAUUUGUCGCCGAUUUUUCCUACUCCUGGCCGAUGUGAUUGAGUGAGUGACAUGAAAAAUGAUCAAGAAUUCACUCGUUCGCAUCUAUCUAAUUACCUUAAACCUUCGAAUAUAAGCCCUGGCCGUAUUUCCCGUCAUUCAUGUUUCUUGAUUUCUAUUAUACUUAACAAUUUUGGUAUUUUGGGUUUAUUUUCGUAUUUUGGGUUUAUGUUCAGAGGUUUUAAAACUUCCUGAUCCAGGGUAUUUACGGCAUCGCAUGUUGACGUUUUUCGUUUGGUUUAUGCAAGAAAUUUUUAUUUUUGGAAUAUGCUGCCAGGAAGAAAAACAUUUUUGUCGCCUGAUACUGGGGGAGAAAGUGUUAUCUUCGAAGGGUCGGAGAGUUACCACAUUGUUGUAUAUUUGCCUCUUAUAGUGUAUAAUUAAAGCAUUGUAUGCAUAGGCCAAUUCAGAUUUUCCACUGUGCACCAAAUAACGUGUUGUGCGCCGCGAUAUAAGACACAUAUAUGAGACACUUAGGCUGCCUUCAGACUGGGUGUCCGGCACUGGUGCCCGUCACUGGUGCCUGUCACUUGUUUUCGGCCUUUGGCGCCUAGUUUGAACACGACACUUCCAAAUGAAAUUGAGCACAGUGCCCAAGUAAGGGCACUGCUUCUAGAGGUAGUACUCAACAACUGCACUGUGCUCAGCAUGUGAACCAUUGCCGGGCACUCAGUCUGAACGCAGCCUUAUAUACCCGUUAUAAUGUCAAUUUCCCAGAAAUAUGUGACAUGCACGUGUGGAUAUAUGUCAUUGCUUUGCACAUAAUAUUUACGUGCACACACGCUGACAUUUUUUACCAUCCGUAUUAGAGGUGUGUAGCGGAUCGGAUUGGACGUUUAUAAUCCGACAAUUGCCUAAUGUUUAAAAUCCGAUCCGAAAUUGUCUAAUCCGAAUCCGAUCCGAGUUUUGAUAAAGAAUUCCGAUCCGAUCCGAAGAAUUCUUUAAUAAAAUAAAUUUUUCAUUCAAGUUGGAAUAUUUAACCAAAUAAAUAUAAAAGCGAAAAAUACAUGUCAAGAAGCUGACAAAGUGACGUCCAAUUGAAGUAUCAAACGAAUAAUGCAGCGACAACCGCGAUAAUGCUUUGAUAAAUGCGUGGAUAAUUCAUUUUAUUUCGGAUAUCGAAGUCCGAUCCGACUACGAAACAACUUUAUCAAUCCGAUCCGAAAUGAAUAUUUUGGUUACGAAAUCCGAACGAAUCCGAUCGAAUUCGGAUCGGAUUUGCACACCUCUAAUCCGUAUGUACAAAAAGUGAAAUCUGAAUUUUUUCUGUGUUAGUGUAGCGUACUCAGGUGAAUAUGAUAUUUGUGGUGUUACUCUGAGUCUAUAUCCACACCGGGCGAGCUUGAAAAAUAUGCCCGGCCACGGUGGGAUACGUUCGGCCACGGUGGGAUGCCCGGCCCGGCCACGGUGGGAUAUGCCCGGCCACGGUGGGAUGCCCGGCCACCGUGGCCGGCCAUAUUUUUCAAGCUCGCCCGGUGUGGAUAUAGACUCAGAGUAACACCACAAAUAUGAAAUCUGAAUGUUCGUACUGUACUGUAUUGUUUUGUUUUGUUUUGUUUAGGUGGAUGAAACCUUCAAUGUUCCUGGAACUGGGCUUGUUCUUGGCGGAACCUUAAUGAGGUUUGUAUGUAGAAAAUUGCUUUUCGAAGCAUUCAAAUGAAACAUCCAAAGAACUCAAUAAAUUAGCCG